AAAGGAAGUUGCGGGAUGAAGUUAAAAGCCUUCGACACACUGCAGCUUUGCAGACACCCACCACGGAAGAAAAGGCAGAACAAGAGCACAAGUUUGACAAUGAGACUAUGAGAAGAAGGCAGAGAGGUGAACAUCAAGAAAGAAGACAUAACCAAGCCAAGACAAACUGAAGAACUCAAACAUGGAGUUGUGGCGUCAGUGUGCGAUGUGGCUGAUUGAUUGCAGAGUUCUUCCUGAGAACCACCGAGUGACGUGGGACAGUGCACAGGUGUGCGACUUGGCUCAGGCUCUAAGAGAUGGCGUACUGCUCUGCCAGUUGCUUAACAACCUGCUGCCUCAGGCCGUCAACCUCAGAGAGAUCAACCUACGGCCGCAAAUGUCCCAGUUCCUGUGUCUGAAGAAUAUCCGGACAUUUCUGGGAGUCUGUCAGGAGAAGUUUCAUCUGAAGAAGAGUGAACUGUUUGAAGCCUUUGACCUGUUUGAUGUACGAGACUUCGCCAAGGUCAUAGAAACCUUGUCCAUCCUGUCUCAUUCAUCCAUCGCUCUACAAAGAGGUCUCCAGCCUUUUCCUUUAGAAGGAUGCACUCCUGAUGAAGAAAUCUACAGCGGCCUGUCUGACCAGAUAGAUGACACUGUGGAUGAGGAUGAUGACUUAUACGACUGUGUGGAGGACGAGGAGAAUGAAGGAGAUGAAAUAUACGAGGAUUUGAUGAGGACUGAUGAACAACCUGAAGCUCAGCAGAAGACUGGUGUAGAUAAACGAGAGUGCUGCCUGCAGGAAAUCAGGCAAACAGAAGAAAAAUACUCAGAAACACUGCAAUCUAUAUUACAGCACUUUAUGAGGCCUCUUGAACGGUUUCUUCAGGCACAAGAUAUUGAGAGUAUCUUCAUCAACAUAGAGGAUUUGGCCAACACCCAUCGGAAAUUGUUGGAGGAGGUCCGUAUGUCUAUCCUAAACUUUGGAGCGAAGACCCUCUAUCAGGUGUUUUUGGACUACAAGGAGAGGCUCUUAUUAUAUGGUCGUUACUGUAGUCAGGUGGAAGCAGCAACAAAGCACCUCGACAAGCUUUCCAAUGUGAGGGAGGAUAUCAGGAUGAAACUGGAGGAAUGUUCAAACAGAGCCAAUAGUGGACGUUUUUCCCUCAGAGAUUUACUCAUGGUCCCGAUGCAGAGAGUCCUUAAGUAUCACCUGCUGUUACAGGAGCUGGUGAAGCAUACCACUGACCCAACAGACAAGGACAAUCUCCGCACAGCUCUGGAUGCCAUGAGAGACCUGGCACAGUGUGUGAAUGAAGUGAAACGAGACAAUGAGAUCAUCAGACAGAUCACCUCUUUCCAGCUGUCCAUAGAAAACAUGACUCAUUCGCUGGCACACUAUGGUCGACCCAAGAUCGAUGGUGAACUGAAGAUCUGCAGCUCAGAGAAAAAGUCAAAACAGGACAGGUAUGCAUUUCUCUUCGAUAAGGCCAUGUUUGUGUGUAAGAAGAAGAGUGGAGAGACAUUUGAGCUAAAGGAGAUCAUUGAACUGCAGCACUACCAGAUACGAGAUGAAUCUGCUGGAGAAAAAGAUAAUAAAAAGUGGUCCUAUUUGUUCCUUCUCCUGGACUGCUACGGGAGAUGUGGGUAUGAUUUAUUCUUCAAAACCAGAGAGCUAAAGAAGAAAUGGCUGGAACAGUUUGAGAUGGCUCUGUCAAAUAUGUGUCCAGAGAACUCUACAGCCAACAACCAUGACUUCCAGAUGCACAACUUUGAGGAAACCACCUCCUGCAAGGCCUGCUCCAUGCUCUUAAGAGGGAUAUUUUUUCAGGGAUAUCGCUGCACGCGGUGUAAAAUGGCUGCACAUAAAGAGUGUUUAGGCAGAGUCCCUGCCUGCGGACGGAACUCAGAUCAUUCAGCCACUAUAAGGAAGAAUAAGACGAGGUCGUCUGGACAUGCAAGUGUUGGCUUUCCUAAGAUGGAGGUCUGCCAGGAGUAUUAUGGUCUGCCUCCACCUCCCGUGGGCUUCGGCCAACCACUUCACCUCUCCAAAGGCGAUAUCAUUGAGUUGACCAAGGCUGAGGUUGACCUGCCGUGGUGGGAGGGCAGAAACCUGACUGUUGGUCAAAUAGGGUGGUUCCCCUGCAACAAAGUCCAGCCCUAUGUUUCUAGGCAGACUUCUGACCUGUCUGGCUACAGCUGGUUUGCAGGGACCAUGGAUCGAACUGCUGCCAAGAACCUCCUAAUGUCACGGUCUGAUGGGACCUUCCUUGUUCGACAGAAGGAUGGAGGAGAGUUUGCCAUCAGCAUCAAAUUCAACAUGGACAUCAGACACAUUAAAAUCACCUCCGCCGAAGGCCUGUACCGCAUCAACGACAAGAAGGCGUUCAGGGGUUUAGUGGAAAUGAUUCAGUUUUACCAACAGAACUCUUUGAAGGAAUAUUUCAAGGAUGUGGACACCACUCUGCGCAUACCAUAUAAGCAACCAGAGCAAAGCAACUCACCUAACAACACACCAAACUCCACACCAGGUGGCAGCAUGCGCAGUUUUGGAGUAGCUCGGGCCAGGUACGAUUUCUCUGCCAGGGACCGAUCAGAACUGUCACUGCGGGAAGGAGACACCAUCAAGAUCCUCUCUAGGAAAGGUCACAGCGGCUGGUGGAAAGGGGAGGUGUAUGGCCGGGUUGGUUUAUUUCCUGCCAACUACGUAGAGGAGGAUUAUUCUGACUACUGCUGACUUGACCCACAGAAGAGACACGUAGACCCUUACAAUCCCAGUCUAGGUCUGCACAAUAUGUGGAUUCCUCUGACUGCAUUAAACUCAUAUGCAUGUGUGACUGAGAUGCUGUUACUUUUGGUCUAAUGACUGUGUAGUGAUGUGAAUAAAACUUGUGUUCAGUUGAAUUCUGCACCUCUGGAUUAUGUUAGUACACCAACCAACAUCCACAGUAUGGCCUAAAAUAUGUAAACAACAAAAUAUUCAAGUGUUGUCUCACUUUACUUUGUCUACAUAAUGGAGACAAAAUGUAAGAAUAUUAAAAGUUAUGCUUGACAAAAAUAGCUGCUGAAGUAACCAGUGAAAAAUUACAGCAUAGUACAAGUGUAAAAUUAAACUCCAGUGUAGUGAGGGACCAGCCAAUAAAGCAGAAUAAAACUUUUGAGAGAACAUAAAAUCUGUACUUGAAUAUGGUGGAGCAGAACACUUGAAAUCUGUAUUUUUAACAUUUGUAUGAGGAAUAUACACACAAAUGUAUUUUAGGCUCAUUCUGUUUAAGAA